AUGGCGACCAAGAUACAAGCACCGUGUUGGGCAGACGGCCUCGCGUGCCCCUCCCUACGUGGACUAGACCCUGCCAAGCUUGCUCGGGAUCUGGUGUCGAGAUCGGCAGCGUCCGUGGCAAGCGCUGGCGGCAAAGGAGGCGGGGUCUCUGUGGCAACGGUGGAUGAAGUGUUCGCGCUCGUUCAACUGGGGCUCGAUGACAGGCAACCAACACCAGCAGCAGCGGAGGCCGGAAUCACCCACAACUCGCCGGAAGCAGAAAAGGCUUUCCGGUCAGCCCUUGCUCCGGGGGCGCUCGGCCUAGUGCCCAAGCUUGCCGCGGCGCUGCAACACCGGGAUGGACACUUGGCCACUGAUGGUUGUGGCGGCGGUGGCGUUGGUGGUGCCGAAAGCGCCGCGCGCGAUCAAGAGCAGCAGCCGGUUUCGCGAAGCGGACGGGGGCAAAGGGACGCUGUGGUGCUUGCGGCAGGACACUUAACAGCAAUGGAGCAGCUCGUGACUCGACAGAACAACACGCCCGCGCUCCUGAUGGCGCACAACGCCCUCGCCAAGCUGCUCAAGAACAACUGGCCAUGGCUCGUGGGGGGCGUGGUGGACGCGCCGCGGCUGCUGUCGCGGCUGUGCGAGAUCUAUCGCGACGGGCUUGAUCAGCUUAAGAUUGCGUUGGCGCAAGCGGAUGCUAAGCACGCGGCAUCCGGCGAGGAACAUAGCUGCGUGAACAGAUCUGCAGGAGGAGGAGCGGGAGACACAGCGCACCUCAAGAAGUUCGGGAAGCUGCUGGCCACCUUCGGCACGCGGAUGGCGUGCUUGCUGCGGCACCUGGGGCCGGAGUGUCCGCCUCGGGAGAGGCGGGCAGCGUUCAGGCUGUACGCGAAGGCCACCGCCUCUGUGUACCCGGGCCUGCUCGCCUCGCUCCGCGCGCGGGACUUUGUCGGUGACGAUGCAGCUACUGCUGGGGGGGUCGCAGGCUGCAUCAUCUACCCGAAAGCAGUGGAGGCGUUUGUGUCCACCACCGACGAGCCACCCUGCUGUCAGAGCGGUGUGUCAGCAACAGGACGCGGCGAAAACGGGUCGCGUAGUCCGCCAACGAGCAGCAGGAAGGUCGGCCCUUUGGUUGACGCGGGUGGAUCGAGUUGUGCCGCAUUCUCUUCUGCGGGAGGAGUAGCAGAGCGAGAACGGAACCUCCGGCCGUCAUGCCGCUGCUACGAAGGGACGACGACCGGACCGCUCUCGGGGCGGAGGCACGACCCGUGGGAAGCUCUAGAAGCGUUACGCCCAACGCCGAAUCGACCAACGCCGAAUCGACCACCGCCAAUUGCGGAUCCAUCCCGCACCAGCAGCCGCAGCAGUGACGCAAGCGCCGCCACGGAUGAUAGCCGCGACGCCGUUCACGAGCCGGAGUCGUCGGUGGACCCGCUGGGGGCGGUCUUGCUGCUGUGCGAGUUUCUGCGACGGGGGUACGGUACUGCGCCGGCGGCAGGGGGGGCCCGGGGGCCCCGUCGUGAGGCGUGCUGCGCCUGGGUGCUAGACCACCUGGCGGCGCUGUUUCCCGGCUGGGUGGAUUCUGCCGCCGGCGGCGGCGGCGGGCAAGGAGGAGCGGCCGCCGCUCUCACGGGAGAGGUUUCCGCCACGUUGGGCGUGUUUGUGUGCCGCCGGGCAAUGGACGGGGAGUUCCAAGAGGCGCAGGUGCAGCUUAUCGAGGGCUGCUCGUGUCACCCGCACCCCGUCUGCCGCGAGGUGUGGGUAGGCGCCCUGAAAGUGUUUCUCGGCAGGUGCGAUUCCGCCGCCCAGGAAGCCUGCAUCCAGAGCCUAACCAACGCGGCGCUGGACCCGCGAGUCUCUCGCCGUUGCCGCCGUCGCCUCGGCCGCGCUCUCGCCGCCGUCUGCGUCGCCAUGACAACCGGUGUUCCGCUGGCCGACAGCGGCAGCCCCACCGGCGGCCCUUCCGCGUCCGCCGCCGUUCCCCUGCUCCUCCCCCGCGCCCGUGCCGGCCUCUUCCAGGCCUGCCUGUCUCGGCUACGUGGAGAACAGCUAGACGAGGACAGCAGCGGCGACAGUAGCAUUAGGGCAAGCGGCGGCCGCGGCGGUGGCGGCGGCGGUGGCGGCAGCGGCGGUGCGUGCGCCCUGGAUCUCCUCCGGGCACUGCCUUCGUGGAGAUCGUUUUCUGGGGUAAACGGCGGCGGCCAUGACGACGAAGAGCUUACAGCCGCAAGCGCCUCCUUCGCCAGGACGUCGGCGACGACGGCCGACUUGCUUCGCAGCGAAGCAGCAAGAGGAGUCCGGGGGGAGCAUUCGCCCGGUAGCAGCCUCCGGCAACGGGAGGAAGAAGACAACUUGGUAGCGGGAGCGAGGUUCCUGGCGGCACGCCCGCAGCAAGAGCGGAAGCAAGCGGCCGGGGCCGAGGUCGACAUGGGAGGAGAAGCAGAGGGGGGGCUGGGUGCGGCUGCGCGAGAGGUGGCGAGAGAGCUGGGAGGCAUGCUUACGUCAUCGGGGCUGUCUGGAGGACUGUCGGAGCGCGCCCUCUCGGCGAUCACUAGGCUAGUAGCGAGGGAGGACCCCGACAGGCUGCCGCAGCUGUGCUCCGUGGUGGCGAGGGAGGCGGUAGAUGGCAGGGUUGGCGGGGAAGCGGUGCUGGCCCUGGCGGAGGGCUUGUCGUCAGUGGGACAGCGUCAGCCGCUCCCAUCGAAGGGAAGAGCUGGCAACAUUGGGUUUAACCGUUUGGAAGAGUGUCCUCCAAGAUGGGUUCGGGGUACUCUUCGGUUCUCGCUUGUGGCCCGUCGUCACGGCAGCCAUGGAAACGCUGUGGCCAGAUGCGUCGACCCAAGCAUCACAGCGCUCUUGCCUCGGCAGAUCCCUGAGCAUCGCCUGGCCGCCUUCAAGGGCCGCCUAGGGAGACGAACCGUGUACCUGGACGGUGGAGGACCGAUAAAGCUCGAGGAAAUCCGUGAACGUGGCUUGGCGGAAACCCGCGUCUUGAGUGCGGCAGCGGUGGCUCUAGCGGCCAAAAGGGGUACCACCGAGUCUGAGGGGCAAACACGACAGAUUGUUUUGAAGGAGGGGGGCGAUCUGAGCGCUCUUGCCGGCUUGCUCGCGAACACCGUCACCGGGAUUCGCUUGCUCAGCGAGCGGGAGGGGGGAGGGGUGUGCCUCACUCUAAAGGGGGGGGCGUGGCCUGUUUAGCCGCUUCCUCGGCAGGCCUUCCUCUCCCGCUUUUCGGGUCGCGGAGUUCGGCAAAGCGAGCCCAGGCAGCGUCAUGAUGGUUGUGCAAAUUCAAUGUUCACAACUUAGUACACGCUCGACCACGCAGCCCUUGUGAGCCUUAGACGACAUGAGUUACUAGUAGCACUGUAGGGGGGGGGGCGAUCCGCAUCCUUUGGA